AUGGAGCGUAUCACGGCACGAGCUGAUAACGACUUUAGCGUUGUGUUGUACAGCUUACUUUGGGCGGUAGCACUUUCAAUCAUUUGGUUCUUCUGUCGAGCAGACCCAGAGGCGCCUGUCAAGUAUGUCGUCGAGCUACCAGAGCAAGCAGAGGCUGGAUGGAAGGGUGAGGUGCUUGAGAAGCCAUCCUUAAAGGUCUCAGGCUCCUCCCUAAUUCAAUGUUACGCUCCCGCAACAGGUGAAGCUCUCGGCCGCAUCAACCCCUCUACACCCGCCUCCAUCGACCGCGCCAUCUCCAAAGCCCAAUCCGCCCAGAUAAAAUGGGCGCUUACAACCUUCCGCCAGCGCCGCAAAGUGCUGCGCACAAUGCUCAAAUUCGUUCUCGAGAACCAGGAGGCGAUUGCACGCGUCGCGUGCCUGGACUCGGGCAAGACGAUGGUGGACGCGAGUUUGGGGGAGAUCUUGGUGACAGUAGAGAAGCUGAGGUGGACAAUUAGACAUGGAGAGGAAAGCUUGAGGAGUGAGAGGCGGGCGGGCAACUUGUUGAUGAUGUAUAAGUGGAAUGAGGUCGUUUGGGAGCCGUUAGGAGUAGUAGCGGCUUGUGUGAGCUGGAACUAUCCCUUCCACAACCUUAUAUCUCCCAUCAUCGCCAGUAUCUUCGCUGGCAAUGCGAUCAUCGUCAAAGGCUCCGAAGCCACGGCUUGGUCCUCAUCGUACUUCACCUCAAUCGCAACCCGCGCCCUCGAGGCCUGCGGCCACUCUCCCGACAUCAUCCAAUCCGUCGUCUGCUGGCCCAACGUCGCCGACCACCUGACUUCCCACCCUUCGGUCUCGCAUAUCACAUUCAUCGGAUCAAGACCGGUAGCGCACUAUGUCUGCACCUCAGCCGCGAAAGCUUUGACACCAGUAUGCGUGGAGCUGGGCGGCAAGGAUCCUGCGAUACUACUCGAUGAUCUAUCGAAUAGCGACUUCAAGCGCGUAGCAAGCAUCCUCAUGCGUGGCACCUUCCAGUCUGCAGGCCAGAACUGCAUAGGCAUCGAGCGUGUAAUCGUACUGCCAAAAGUUUAUGAUCGUCUCGUUGAAUACCUAACACCCAAGAUCCGAGCCCUCCGACCAGGCUCCAUCCUAAACACCUCCUCAGAUACACCCAUCGACGUCGGCGCCUCGAUCUCCGACGCCAACUUCUCGCAGCUGGAGGAUUUGAUCCAAGAUGCUGUGCAACAUGGCGCCCGCCUUCUCGCCGGUGGAAAACGCUACGUGCACCCUGACCAUCCCAAAGGCCACUAUUUCACACCCACAUUCAUAGUCGACGUCACGCCCACCAUGCGUAUCGCACAAACGGAGCUAUUCGCCCCUGUAUUCCUCCUUAUGCGUGCGUCCUCUGUUUCAGACGCCAUCUCAAUUGCAAACAGCACCUCCUACGCGCUCGGCGCCUCUGUCUACGGCACAUCCACCCGCGAUCUCGAGCGUGUGGUUCGCGAAGUGCACGCUGGAAUGAUUGCCGUCAAUGAUUUUGCUGUUACGUACAUGGUGCAACUGCCGUUUGGAGGGACGAAGGGAAGUGGGUAUGGUCGGUUUGCAGGCAAGGAAGGAUUGAGAGGUGUAUGCAAUCAGAAAAGCAUUACGCGAGAUAGAUGGGCAUGGGCUGGUAUCAAAACUGGUAUACCGCCGCCCAUGGACAUUCCUCUGCAGGGUGAGGGUGCAGGUAAGAAGGCUUGGAACAUGGCGCAGGGCAUCGUGUGGCUGGGUUAUGGGGACUUGAAAGGGAAGAUUAGAGGUCUGAAGGGCGUGCUGGGACGCUGA